ACUAAUGUCAUACAAUUAGGAAGACAAACUUAUAUUUGGAGAAGUAAUGGCAGGGAAGUUGGGUUGGGGAAUCCUUGAAGAAGGUUGGAGGAAAGGACCUUGGACUGCUGAAGAGGAUAAAUUGCUCACUGAAUAUGUCAGGUUGCAUGGGGAAGGAAGAUGGAACUCUGUUGCAAGGCUUGCAGGGUUGAGGAGAAAUGGCAAGAGUUGUAGGCUGAGAUGGGUGAAUUAUUUGAGACCAGACCUAAAAAGAGGCCAGAUAACUCCUCAUGAGGAAAGUAUCAUUAUGGAGCUGCAUGCAAGAUGGGGAAACAGGUGGUCAACAAUUGCACGAAGCUUGCCUGGAAGAACUGACAAUGAGAUCAAGAACUACUGGAGAACCCAUCUCAAGAAAAAGAGUGAAGCAUCACCAGAGCACUCUGAAAGGUCAAAAGCUCGACUCCUAAGACAACAAAUGCAGCAAAAAAGGCAGCAAUUCCAACUGCAGCAGCAGCAACAACAACAACAGCUACAGAAAAAGAACCAACAAAAUCAAGUUGGCAUGAAGAAGAUAAUGUCUCUACUUGAUGAGUGUGACCAUAGAUUACUACCCUUAGUUCAAGAGAGGGAAGACAUGGUCUUCAUGUAUCCUAGCACCUCUGAGGAGCAAUGCUUACUAUCUCCAGUGUUCAACAGUGAUACCUCUGUACCAGAGGCCUCCUCAAGUGAAGAGAUCCUAUGGGGUGGCCUGUGGAACUUGGACGACGUCCAAUCCAACUUGGACAGUACCUGUGCAACCAGCAAAGCUUGCCUUCCAAAUAUGAUCACUCCUUUACCUUCUAACUGAAUAGCCUUCAACCUCAUGGGUCUUAAAUAUAAUAUAUUGGCAAAUCUAUCCAAAAAGCUUUUGUAAGCGUUAAAUAUCCAAAUAAAGUGCUCUGAAUCCAAGGAUUAAGAUCAAUCUAGAUUAAGUGAAUCUUCAGUUAUAGCCAGUCUCUUAUCCAUACAAGCACUUGAAGUUAAUAAUGAUGUGAGUAUAACAUGUCUAUGCCACCUCUACCAUUAAGAGAAUUAAUAUUGUAAUUUAUUCCAGUUACACAUCAUCUCCUUCAUUAAUAAAUUAUAAGACCACUCAAAUCGUGCUGCGCAUGAUGCUGAUAAUUAUG